GCAUAACUAGGAAUUGGUUUUGGGACACAUCCUGGAUAUUGCAAAAAGUGGAUAACUGGAGUUGCUUGACAUUCAUCAACGCCUAUAAGAGCUUCUGCAGUUUCACUUAGCAGGGAUAUUAAAACACUGGCACCUACUACACACACAUACGUAUAACGUGUGAGUAAUAACGAUUGAUUAAGAAUUCGUUACGAGGUAUGAUCGCAAUGUAUCAUCGAUGAAGAAGCUGAAAAAAAAGUCGGAUAGCACGAGAGGCGGGCAAGCGAGCAAGACAGUAGGCGCGACGAAUGUAAGCGGAGAUGCAUCACCUACCCGCGUAUGCAGAGAUUUUCUGCGAAACGUGUGUCAUAGGGGUAAACGUUGCAAGUAUUUGCACGAACGUUCCGAGGACGAUCCUGUAGAAGAAUAUACGUUCUGCCAUGACUUUCAAAAUGGGAUGUGCAAUUGGCCUGGCUGCAAAUUCCUUCACUGCACAGAAAGUGAGGAGAAGAGAUUUCGAGCAACAGGAGAAUUACCUGCUCAUAUCUUGAGUAGGCUUAAAAAUAACAAUGAAAAGUCCGAAUAUCCAAUGUGUAAGGAUUUUAUCAAGGGUAGCUGCCAAAGGACAAAUUGUAAAUUUAGACAUUGGAAAAAUGAGGAACCACAACAUAAUUUGAUCACAACAUCCCAUCAUAAUGUGUCCAGGCCGCAGCACAAUUUCAAUGGUACGAGUAAUGGUGAGAAUCGCAGAUACGAGGAGGAUAGAAACUUUCACUGGCAAAUGGAAGAUCAACAUAAUUUAGUCACAAAUAAUAGUUACAAUGCAUCUUCACAUCCACCUGAUUAUAUAGGACCUCCUGAACCAAAGAGACGAAUAGUUUCUGGUGAAACUGUUGUUCAUUUUGAAACUUCACCGCUCGUAGGCCAACAUACUGCGCAACCGGUUACUCCAGGAUAUUAUUAUCCAGUGAUACCGCGUAAUGAAGCUAGAGCAAUUGUUUUGGAAGAUGAAAAUGCGUUACUAAGAAAGAAAAUAGAGGAAUUAAAAAAGCAAGUUAGCGAUCUAACAGCAACUAAUGAAUUUCUUUUGGAUCAAAAUGCUCAGUUAAGAAUGUCAGGGAAACGAACUGCAAAUGUAACAGCUGUUACAGUUCCAGCAGUUACUAUCACAAACACUGUUCCACCAUCGCAAGCUCCAACACCUCAACAAAUGGUUAACGCAGCGGUAGCUGCUGGAACUUUACGUACAGUUACAGCAAGCGUUGCGACAGUUCCUGUAAGUAUAGCCACAGUUGCGCCUGUUUCUAUUGCAGCAGUUUCAAUGGCACCAGUAUCAAUCCCGCCGCCUAUCGUUACGAUGGCUCAACAAACGAUUACGAUGAGCGGUUCAGGUCCUCAGGCAACUAAUCAACAGCCACCUAAUACACAGCAACCUGCUAGUUUACCUCUUUCGAUAUCCGGUGCUACUGCACCGUUGGUUUCGUAUCCCAUUAUGACUCAAGAACUUAGGCCUGUGUUGCAGUAAAUAAAUUAUAAGCACGAAGGGAACGUCAAAUAGUACCUCAAGCACAUAGACAAGUCAAGAGUGCUGUCUCCUGCAUUCAGUCUUUCAAAAUAAUACUGUAUUUCUUCGACUACAAGUAAUGAAUGCGAAUGAAAAAAAAAAAAAAAAAAAAAAUGGAGAAAAUGUCUGCAGACUAUAAAAAAAGAUGAAAAUGUCAUAUUAAUUAAAGAAUGCGACAUCUUAAAUAUUUAUAUAGGAAUUCAUAGAAAUUAUCAUACAGAGCAAAUAUAACGAUCAUAAUUGUUUUGUACUACUAUGUCUUACAGCUGCUUAAGUUGAAUAUUUUCGUUCCUUUCAGUAAUUUAUCCUGCAGAACGUGAAUGCCGACUACAUUAAUAUGUUAAUAUGUGCAACAUAAUAAAUGUCCAAAGUGUGUAUAGAUUUAGAUUAAUAAGAAUACUGAUCUAGAACCAUGUCAGAUGGUCAAAAAUGAUAUUCUCUUAUUCUUCUUUUAAUAAUGUAAUAUCAUGAAGAUACAAAUAAUUUUGUAGGUAAUUUUUUGUAUCAUUAAAAAAAUAAUCUCACACAAGUAAACAAAUUUGUAAAUUAAAAAAGAUAUAGGUAAGAAAUGACUCGUUUAGACUAAUAUGUUAAGAUAAGUACAAAACUAGAAUGAAGUAUGUAAAUGAAUUAUAUUGAAAGUUCAAAGUUAAGGUUUAUCACUGCGACAAAAAUGGUGGUGAACCUUAUGAUUGUUCUCUAUGCACUGCUGUAAAUAGUAUUCUGUUGCUUCCUCAUUUUCUCAGAAAAAAUUUUUAUACUUCCAUCUUUUUAGCAAAUAAGUUAACGAUUCUUAUAAAAUAGUGAUAUUUUAAUUAAGUACUUAUUGUGAACUUUUGUGUUUUUACAAUUUUACUUAAGUAAAUGGCUUUGGGUUUAGGUGAUGGAAAGUAAAGACUAUGGAUUUAAACCUGACCCAUAAAUGUAAGAAUCAGGUAUACAGAUAAUGUAAUAUGCAUCCCAUAAACCAAAUAAAUAUGUGUAUGUUUUCAAGUCAUAUUAUUAGUCAUGGGUUGAUAUAUGUGUAUAUAUUUUGCGUAAUUAGUAUAAGAAAUUGAGCAAUAAGUACUCGUAUAUUUUAUAUAUGCAUACAAAUGUAUAAUCUUUUAUGUAUAACUUUAUGUUAAUAAGCACUUCAUUAAAAAGAUAGAUCUUCUUACUUUAAAUUCUUCAGAAGUAGUACUCACACCACAUUCUUUGUUCACAUAAUUGAAGUUUUUUAAGAUUUUAUUUUGUUACUUAAUAUUUUAUUUUAUUCUAAAAAAUUAUGAAAAAAUGUAUUUCAUAUAACUUUUGUUUAGUGUACCAUUACAUUCUAAACGUUAUUCUUAUUAAUGAAAAUCGAAUAUUCUGACAUUUACAAAAUAUUACGAAAUAUUUUUGAUUUCUGAAAUUGUAAAUAUAGAAAUUGUUCAAACAAUUGUAUUGCUUUGAUGUUCAAAAUGUUUAUAACUGCACUGAUUGAUAAAUUCAUAAAAUGAAAUAAAUGUGCUUACAUAUA